UUUGUAUUUCGCUCCGCAGUCCGUGCGUUCGCACGCGGUGGACCCCGUGGCGCGUUGUUAUGAUCUAACAUGGCGGAAUGUAGUGUUGUGGCUGCCUCAGUGUCUAUGUCAGUUUCAGAGUGAUAAUAGCUCAGAGACAAGCGAACGUACGGCGAUGCGAGCCGGCGACCGGCCAGCACGAUUAUUCGCUUGAGAUCGUCGUGUUCCCACGUGCCAGCAACGCGGCAGCCAGCGUCUUCGCCUCGCCACGGGUUUUCCGUUCGCCGCGGCGACAGCAUCGUACACAGAGGUGGUGAGAAAGUGCACACACACGGAGGAACGGCCGAGGUUUGCCGACAAUCGGGAGGUAUCGCUCGCCGCGGAGUGAUCGCGUCAUCGUCCCCGCCGCGCUCGCAUGCACCGCAAGUAGUGGCUGAUACCGUGCGACCGAUCGUCGCGGCUACUCGCUACACGUGAGAGCGCGGGACUACGUGCACGUACGUGGGAUUCUUACGUUUGCUACGUUAUUUUCCCGCGCGCUCGUCGCCGUCGAGGGAGAGCUUCCCGGCGGUUUCACGGUGCAGGUUGGACCGAUUAUCUCGUCCAACGUUCAGCCUGUGUACUUUGAUCACCUUGGUAAAUAGUCGCAGCAUCGUGGGAGAUCCUGGAGACACGACCCUCGACAUCCGUAUGACGCUCUCGUUCCAUUGUUCAUCAGGCUGCUAUUCGUAUAACUUGCAACGCAAAAAACUACCGCUUCUUCACGGGACACGAUCGCGCAUAUCUCUCUUGUCCCAUCCGACAUCGUUGUACACUGAAUGGUGUCGUGAGCUAAGUGUAUAUUGUUCAUGUAAACGUAUAUAUUGUUUGCUACUCGAGACUCCGGCUGGAACCGUUAGUCGUCUCUUUUGACGCUCCUUCCUUGAUUGAGUAGUCGAAGGAAAGGUACAUAGAUUCAGAGGGAGAGAAAGAAAGACACGUGUGUGUGUGUGUGUGUGUGUGUAUGUGUGUACACUGCGUACCUACGAACCAUUCUUUAGCGAAGACUUUGGCGUAUAUCAGCGUUUUGUUUAUACUAUAGUAGUGAAUAAUGCAAUAACAGGAAACCUUGAUGGGUUGUACUAGAGCGUACAGAGGUUUAACAUAUCUGGGUUUCUGUGCGUUUGUUAAUACGACAGGCAUCUGAAUAUUUUUAUUGUAAAGAUAAGCACUGAGUGGGCCAAAGAUUGAGCAAAUCUAGAAAAGGCAUGCAGCAUAGCUGGUGAUAAUAUCUGGGAAGGAGUGUACUAAUUAGUUUUACAAUAUGACGGACACGCGAAGAAGAGUAAAAUUAUAUGCGCUUAAUGCAGAUAGACAAUGGGAUGAUCGUGGAACUGGUCAUGUAUCAUCUUCCUAUGUAGAUAGAUUAAAGGGGAUUUCUCUGUUGGUAAGGGCAGAAAGCGAUGGCUCUGUCUUAUUGGAGAGUAGAAUACAGCCUGAUACAGCAUAUCAGAAACAACAGGAUACUUUAAUAGUAUGGUCAGAAGGAGACAAUUUUGACCUAGCCUUAAGUUUUCAAGAGAAGGCUGGCUGUGACGAGAUAUGGGAGAAGAUUUGCCAAGUACAAGGCAAGGAUCCAUCAGUAGAAAUUACCCAAGAUAUUGUAGAAGAAUCUGAGGAUGAACGGUUCGAUGAUAUGUCCGACGCGGCACCACCAAUUGAAUUACCUCCGUGCGAACUUAGCCGAUUGGAAGAUAUUAAUGAGCUCAUAGAGAAUUGUUUAACCUCACCGAUGAGAAAAGAAAAAUUAGCUGUCGCGCUGGAAUCCGAGGGUUACAUUAAGAAAUUGCUAAAUCUCUUUCACACGUGCGAAGAUUUGGAGAAUAUUGAGGGAUUGCAUCAUCUUUACGAUAUAUUCAAAAAUAUUUUCUUACUCAAUAAGAAUGCGUUGUUCGAAGUUAUGUUCAGCGACGACACGAUUUUCGACGUUGUUGGAUGUUUAGAGUACGAGCCGACGUUAUCUCAGCCAAAGAGGCAUAGAGAAUACCUUCGACAAUUAGCCAGAUUUAAGCAAGCAAUUCCCAUCACAAACGCCGAACUGUUAGCUAAAAUCCAUCAAACAUACAGAGUUCAGUACAUUCAAGACGUAGUGCUGCCAACCCCGAGUGUAUUCGAAGAUAAUAUGCUGAGUACAUUGAGUAGUUUUAUAUUUUUCAAUAAAGUUGAAAUAGUGACUUUAAUACAAGACGAUGAAAAGUUUCUUACUGAACUUUUUCGUCAGUUAACAGACGAAGCGACAUUAGAUAGCAAGAGGCGCGACUUGGUUCUCUUUUUGAAGGAGUUUUGUAACUUUUCUCAGAAUCUUCAGCCGCAAGGGAAAGAGGCGUUUUAUAAGACAUUAACAGCACUUGGUAUACUUCCCGCUCUAGAAAUUACCUUGGCAAUAAACGACGCGCAGACGAAAACGGCCAGUAUAGACAUAUUGACUUACAUCGUGGAGUACUCUCCGAGCGUUGUACGAGAUUACACGUUACAACAGUUAAAUAGCGCAGAUCAGGACCAAAUGUUAGUCAACGUAAUAGUUGCUCAACUUGUCGGAGACAGCGAUCCCGAGUUAGGUGGAGCGGUUCAGUUGGCCGGCGUGUUGCGUUUACUUCUGGAUCCGGAGAACAUGUUGGCUUCUGUUAACAAAACAGAAAAGACUGAUUUCCUAAAUUACUUUUACAAGAAUAGUAUUGUUACUCUGAUAGCGCCUCUCCUGGCAAAUACAAUCGGGGAACAGCCCGCGAGAGAGGAUUACAGAACGGUACAACUUUUGGGACUGAUUCUGGAACUGUUGUCGUUCUGCGUGGAGCAUCACACGUAUCACAUCAAGAAUUGCAUAUUAAACAAAGACCUACUCAGAAGAAUACUGGUUUUGAUGAAAUCAACACACACAUUUUUAGUGCUGUGCGCAUUAAGGUUUAUGAGGAAGAUCAUAGCUUUGAAGGAUGAAUUUUAUAAUAGAUACAUAAUUAAGGGUAAUCUCUUUGCACCUGUAUUUGAUGCAUUUGUAAGGAACAAUGGCAGAUACAAUCUCCUAGACUCAGCUAUAUUAGAGAUGUUCGAGUUUAUUAAGUUGGAGGACAUAAAGUCGCUCUGUUCACAUGUUGUCGAGAACUUUUCGAGGGAACUCGAGGCGAUUGAUUACGUACAAACAUUUAAGGCAUUGAAAUUAAGAUACGAACAACAUCAAGACAAGCUGAAAGAUCGUGAUAGAGCUGCUAUUGACAGCGUACCGUCAAUUUUGCGGAACAGUCGAUAUCGCAGAGAUCAACGGCAGAUAGACGAAGAAGAAGAGCUGUGGUUUAACGACGAGGAGGAAUACGACGAUGGUGAAGCGGUGGUACCUGCAGCGGCGGCAACAGCCGAUCUCGUGUCGCCAGCCUCCACCAAGAAGCAAUCCUCCUCUUCAAAUUCGACGCUCAGUCCUGCGCUUGCAGACUCGAAGAGUCACCAACAACAGCAGCAGCAGCAACAGUCCGUGUUAAAUAACAAUACUUCCAACAACAACAUUACCUCGCAGCAACCACAAAUCAACAGUAGCUCGUCGACAACGAACGAAUCACCUAUCGCUUCGGAUAUAACUCCUAAUUCGGCGAUUGGCAGCGUGGAGAAAACGGGAACAGCAUUGUUCAAAAAGGGAUUGGUCGAUUAUGAAGGAGAUUCGGACGAGGAAGACGAGGAUUCAGAAUUAAGUCCCUCCCCAAAGCGACAACGAUUGUCAUAGUAGGCGAACAUUGGGAAGAACAAGGCCGUUGUGAUUCUUAAUUCCUAUUAUAAUUUCUAACCUUCCUGUGUGUAAAAAAAUACAAGCAGAUCUACCCUCAUAAAUAUUGGAAGUGACACGGAUGGAGCUUUCUCUCUAAGGAAUGGACACACAACAAGUGCUUUUAAGAAUAAAAUUAAAAAGAAGUGGCACAGGCAAGAACUGGAAAAAGAAGUGGGCACUCAUUCUGUUUGUGUUGAUUUGUGUAUAGUAAACAAAAUAUAAGUAGGGUUGGAAUGAAAAUUGUAAAAUGAUUUGUUCGCGAAUUCGGUUUGUGCGAGCUGGUUGAAAGCUACUGUUGUACAUAAAAUGAAAGGAUGCACAUCACGCACAGACGGGAUUGAAUUAACGAGAUUGUACGAGUUACGAAAUGUGAAGUAAUAAUAAUGAAAACACGUGUAUCCGUUGGUUCAAAUGCCUCUGCUGUGCUUUUGGCAUUUAAGUAAAUUUUUCUAUGACGGUAUUCCAUUCACACCGUACGACUGAAUUCGCUGUCUGUAUAUCGAGGUGUAUUGGAAAACGAGAAUGAGAGAAGAAUGAACGUUUUUCAACCGAUGUCUCGAAGAGUGGUUUAAUGUGGUGAUAUUGCAAUGUGCAACGCAAUAUGAUGUGACCGAGUGCUAUGUAAUGCAUAAGAGAGUAAAAGAUAUUAAGCGAAUCCACAGUCCAUUCCACUUGUCUGGAAAACGCGCGCGCGUCACAUUAGGGUAAACCAAUAUCACGGAUAACCGAGGCGUUCGAGGCAAGAGCGGAGAACGCGAGUGAGGGUAAAUAAUUUGUAUCAUCUUUCCGUUUUUUUCUUCUUGAACAUACGAUGUUAUAUCUAUUCCGUGUAUCUUCACCGGGGGGGGAACAAUUGUACAGUUGUACUCGACAAUUUUCACGCUCAGUUUCCUCGCUCUUUCUACCUCCAACGCCCACGUAUGCAUCCGUUUCAUUUCAGGAACAGAGUUAAUCACGGACUUACUUCGCUCUACGUGUGGACUUUGAAAAGGUCUAUGCCAAACCUAGUUAAACCUAGCGACCCUUGCAGAUACGAAGAGAGAGAUCUAAGCUUAGAGAUAUACACUAUGAUAAACUGCACAGGUCGCAGUUGUCUAUGUGUGUGUGUGUUAGACUCCAAGGAACUUAGAAUAUACGCAACGUAAGGUCAAAUUUCGUGUGAGGGAGUACUUGAAGUACCGCACAAAAAAAAGAAGUAAAAAGGCAAGAGAAGGACAACUGAGCGUUUUAAUUUUGCCAUUCGUCAGUUUUUUUUUUUUAUCGCUUACUGCGCGAUAGAGGGAACCUGUUUUCUCCUGAGAAGGUUCAUGAAACCUUAUGCAGGUCAUUAGAGGUAGUAUUUAGUUUGUAUAUAUAUGUAUAUUUGUAACGAUUGUAAGACACACGCAUACAUAUACAUUCUUGGAUUAAGCAGAAAUACGCAGUCUCUUUGUUAAGAAUUCGGUCCUUUUUGAAAUACUUUCAACAGGCUUUUUGGUUGUCAAUGUAAUUAGUAGUAAUUGUACAAUAAAUACUUGAUUUAUGUAUAUUCACCAGUCUGCACACUUCAUGCCCAAUGUUAAUCCUUGAUGUGUAUAAAGUAUAACCUGGAAUGAAUGUAUUAUGCAAUUGUCGAACACAUUAGGCUUAAAGACACCGUUGUCCGUAUGAAUUAUUCACAUCUACGUGGGCAAAAUGGAGCCAGAGGUUGUAGGAAAGCGCUUUGUAAAGAAAAAAAAGAAAAAAAAUAACACCGAGUAGAACUGCACACGCGAUCUAGCUUUGUUAAGAAACGUGUUUAUUAC